AGGAGAGCAAGAGAAGGGAAAUGGGGGGAGCUCGCUAAGGCCCUGCUGUAAAAAAAAAGAAAAAUCAAGUCGACCAGGAGGGACGAAACUUAAGGAGGAUGUGACAGCAACUUUUCCCACCCGGGAUUCAAGGAUCAUCAGCUUAUUUUGCCUCCAUCCCCCGCGUGGCUUUUUUUUUUUUUUUUUUGGACUUAAGAUAAAUUGGGGCCGAGGAUGCCAAAAUGUUGGACAUGAUCCAAAAUGCAAUCACCCAGGCGGGCAAGAACCUGUUCAUAACCCUUCCCAAGCUCACUUCCGAAGAUGUUGUUAAUAUUUGGGACUCCGUUUCUGAGUUUGUUGAGAAGCAACUAUCGAUGAAAAAGGGUGUCCAAAUUCCUGGCCUUGGGACGUUCUCCUUCCUUAGAGAGAAACUGCACGUUGGCAGCAACAAACCCAUCUUCCUUCAGCGGCCUGUCUUCCUUUUUUCGGAGAAACUCGCCCAGAUCCAUGGACUAAAAUUCAACAAAAUACGCAUUCCGGAAAAUAUGAUCUCCAAACGCUUUCUCUCCCGUCAAGCAAUUUUUCCAGCCAAAGUGACCGGGAUAAGUUUGACUGAUGAACUCGAGAAAAACCUGAAGCCCAAACCACCACCUUCUUCAAAGAGAUGUGCUAUCUAUGCAUGCAGCGUGCUCAGAGGAAUAUUCCUGUCUACUUGGGUGAGGAAAAAAGAAGGAAGGAAAAAAUAGAAGACUGCAUCCUGGCCCAGUAUCAAGCCAUAAAAGAUCACGAAGCCCUUCAGAAAGAACUGGUAUUAGGACUGGAAACCCGGGAGCAGAACCAGAAAGUGGCAUCUUAUAACUUGGGCGUAGCGGAAGCCAUGCGAAAGCAGAAGAACGAAAAGCUGGCUGAGCCUUUUAGGUCCUACAUUUUUGAGAAGAGGCCGUCCAGCUCUACCCCUCAUGAGAAGCAAGAGGAAUAUGCCCAGCACUUGGACAAACAGCUGGAGAGCAGAAAAGCCAGAGAAGCAAAGCAGAAACAGGAACAAGAUUUCAUUGACCGCUUGCAGCAAGUUCAACUGGCAGAAGAAUUAGCUGCCCAAAGAGCAAAGUAUCUAAGAGAGAAGCUGGAAGAAAAUCAAACUUAUAAGACGGCCCUUGAUACCCAGAUAAAAUUAAGGCCAGCACCCUUGCCUGAAUUCGUGCCUGAUUCAACGGAGAUCAUUUUUGGGAAGAACGACAUGAAUGAAGAGAAAAUGGAGGAGAGAAGGAAGCGGGCUCGGGAAUAUUCCAAGUAUCAGCUGCAGGCAGUGGCAGAUCGUAAGAGGACUGCCAUUCUUAAUGAGCUGGUGGAUCAGAGGAGAGCUGCAGACAUGUUCCAAAGAGCUAAGAAACAGGCGGGAGACAAACUUAUGCUCCUGGACCAGUGUGCAAGAUAUCGUCGUUGUUACCAGUGCAAGAAAGGCCUGAACAAAUUUGGGGAAAGCAAGAUAUGGACAGACAGUAAAUAUAUCCCUGGAUCUCGGUUAAUGAUUUGAAGCAGGAACAUUUGUUUAAGCCUUCCUUUUCUUCUUAUGAGUGCUUUUGAAAUUGGUUUUUUUUUUUUAAAAGAAAAAAAAGAGAAUCGGAUUGUAUGAACGUGCUUAUGAUUUGAUUCUUGUAGCCUUGUGAUAUAAAUUUUAGAUUUUUUUUUCUUUUCUGGUGACAAGAAUAUGUUUUUCCCGCAUUAAAGAUAUAUAUGUAUGAACGUGUAUUAUGGAAUACCCUUCCCUCACCUACCCACCCCCACAUUCCAUAAAAGAGAAUCGGAUUGUAUGAACGUGCUUAUGAUUUGAUUCUUGUAGCCUUGUGAUAUAAAUUUUAGAUUUUUUUUUCUUUUCUGGUGACAAGAAUAUGUUUUUUCCGCAUUAAAGAUAUAUAUGUAUGAAUGUGUAUUAUGGAAUACCCUUCCCUCACCCCCCCACAUUCCAUAAAACAUGAAUCUUUAUUACUUUUUUA